GUCCUGUGACCCUUCGCAGCCGGCGGGGCGGGUCUUAGCGCCUGGUGCUUACGGCGGCCGGAGUGGCGCGUCCGCGAACCGGAAGGUGGGCGGAGCGGGGCGCCCGGGCCGGUUGUGGGGAGGGGCGAGAAGUGUGGGCCCGCCCCUCUCCGCGGCCUCCCGGACUCGCGGGGAAAAUCGGAUACGGGAGGGGGGCGGCGCGGCUGAGCACCCCCUCCCGGGGACCGGCCGUCUCACUCCUGCAGGGGCCGCAGUGGAGCCUGGUUGGCUGGGGACACCCUCCCGCGACCCCGGGGAGCCCCAUCCUUUGGGGGCAGGGGGGUGGACCCCCGGCGUAGUGGCCCAUGUCCCUUACUCGGGUUCAUGGAGACCCAGGGGCCACCACGGCGGCGCCUCUGGCCGAAGAAGGGGAAGUGACCUCCGGCCUCCAGGCUCUGGCCGUGGAGGACACCGGAGGUCCCCCGACUAAAGUCACUACGGCCCGGGAGCAAAGGGAAGGAGACCGGGAGGAGGCCAAGCGAGAGGGGCCCGGGGCCCAGGAGGCCCAGGAAGAAGCCCCCCGCGCAGCGGGCGGGGAGGAGCCCGCGGAGGGGGAAGCCGAGGACUGGUGCGUGCCCUGCAGCGAUGAGGAGGUGGAGCUGCCCGCCCACGGGCCGGCCUGGACGCCCCCGCCGGCGGAGAUCCGGCGGCUCUAUGAGCUGCUGGCCGCCCAAGGCACCCUGGAGCUGCAGGCCGAGAUCCUGCCCCGCCGGGCGCCCACCCCAGAGGCCCCGAGCGAAGAGGAGCGAUCCGAUGAGGAGCCGGAGCCCAAAGAGGAGGAAGAGGAAAAACCGCACGUGCCAACGGAGUUUGACUUUGAUGAUGAGCCAAUGACACCAAAGGAUUCCCUGAUUGACCGGAGACGCACCCCAGGUACAGGAAGCUCAGCCCGGAGCCAGAAGCGGGAGGCCCGCCUGGACAAGGUCCUCUCGGACAUGAAACGGCACAAGAAGCUGGAGGAGCAGAUCCUACGCACCGGCAGGGACCUCUUCAGCUUGGACUCCGAGGACCCCAGCCCCUCCAGCUCCCCACUGCGGGCCUCUGGAAGCAGCCUCUUCCCCCGGCAGCGGAAAUACUGAAGGCAGCUGCCCUCCUUCCCCAGCCUCGGAGAGUGACCAGGCUCUGGACACAGUUCCUGGCAGGAAAGAGAGAGAGAG